AUGGCGACGCAUAGCCGAGAAACGUGAUUUAGCACGUUUGGAAAGUUUGUGUAAAAACACGACGGCUAACACUUAAGAUGGCACUUUCAAGCUCUGGAAUCAGUUUUGGGGACUUCCAAGAUAUUGAAGACGAAGAGUAUGAGAAUCUGUUCGGUUCUCUUAAGAAGCCAAUACACAAAAAAUACUUAGAGCUACCAUGGAACGAAGAAGCUUACAUACGAGAGGCCAUUGCAAACACCAUGCAAGUGGGCCCUGUUGACACCAGCGUAGAUGCAUCCUUGCCAGGGUUUCCUUUGCAGCAGCAGCAGCAGCAGCAGCAGAUGUUGCAGCAGCAACAGUUGCAUCAGAUCAACCUGCAUUUGCAACAACAACAGUUGCAACUGCAGCGACAACAGGCGCAACAGCAGGCUUUUCAACAGCAACAGCAGAUUCUGCAGUAUCAACAAGAGCAGCAACAGCAACAAAAACAGCAUGGCCUGCCUGAUAUGCAGGGGUACCUGCCCACCUCCUCUACCAGCAGUACUCAAGCUCCACCUCCAAAUCAGGCCACACACAUCUACACACAAUCAACACCGCCUGAACACCUUGAUGUGGACGCGCAAGGACAAAUGAUGUCAUCAGACGAACGUGCAGAAAUUAUUGCAAGACAUUUAGCAACCCAAGGCCUUUAUCCUACAGUGCAGCAAGGACAACUAACAGACGAGUCAAUGCAACCUCCUCAAGCUACCAGUGAUCAGAUAACGCCCGAUGAAGCUUCAAGGAGUUCAGAUGGGCAAACUUCUGAGUUACCGGACAAAAAACGCCGGAACAAGAAAAAGCGUGAUCCCAGCUAUUAUGUCAACUACUAUAGUGAUGCGAAGCAGCACAGUAGAACAGAGACUGCCUACUAUGCAGACAAUGAGAGUAGCGGUAGUAGCAGUGGAGCCUCCAGUGAAGCUCCCAGUGGUGUCAGAAGUGGGAUAGACCUUGGUAACGUUCAGACAAGAUUGGACGUGGCUGAAAAGGAUGCAUGCAAGGAGUCCCAAACUUUAGGCCAACCCUUUCAAAACCAAAGCGCACAACAAGUGACUCCUCUCCCCUCUGACAAAAAGGACACUGCUUUGUCAACACACUAUGCACCAGAAAGAACUAGUACUGUUCCAGUUGAAGCAAGUGAAGUGAAGCAGAGUGCAGUCUGUAAUGACUUGCCUGCCACUCAAAUGCAAAAAUCUAUCAACUUACAACUCCAUGUGCCACAGAAGCUGGCACCAGCUACAGAACCAAGUGCAAUACUGACUCAAACCACACCUUCCAAAGUGAAACACACUGAGGAAUAUCCAAGAGCUAAGGCAAUCCCCGAGGGGGAGACUGUCAAUCCCCACGGUCUGUCCUUCGGAUUGGAAGCCGGCCUUCCCACCGACACAGAAUAUGCCCCUCAGAGUCUACCAGCAGAAUCCAGUACUGUCAGAGAGUCACAGCAGGAAAAGCUGAAAGCAAGCAUCUCCAAACCCAAAGAAGAGCCAUUGUUGAGUAAUGAGCAGUGGCCAGGUCCUCAAGAAAGCCAACCGGAGGUGAGCACUGCUGACAUUGCCCCCGAAGUGACUCAGCAAACUCAGCCUCCAGAACCAGAAGAGGGAGCCAAGACUCCCACUGUCUCAUCCCCAGCAGUUGUACCUUCCCCCAAGCCCACAAGUUGGGCCGGCUUGUUCAAAUCCCCUGCUUCCGGGAUAGCAGCCCCACCUUCAGACACUCCAUCUCCCGUCCAAGGAGAAUCAUCCCAAGCAGAAACCAAAGUGGCAGUGCAGUCAGAGACUGAGGACAAGACUCCAGUAACUAUGGAUAAAGAUCCCCGGGCUAAAGAAUUGGGAGGGGCUUUGAGUCGCGUAACUCUGAACCACCGUGCUAUGUACAUCUUGCCAAGAGGUUUGAAGAACAUUGGUAAUUGGUGCUAUGUCAACAGCAUCCUGCAAGCUUUACUGGCCUGUCCACCCUUCUAUCACCUGAUGAAGUAUGUGCCGUUCUUUCCUAUGCAGCGAGGGCCCAGUUCAACUCCCAUGCUGGACGCCAUGGUGGAGCUGGUCAGAGAGUUCUCGGAGCAGAGCUCCCGAAACAUACCCAAGAAAGGUAGUGUGGACAUCAAACCUGGGACAGCCUUUGAGCCUAGGGGGGUCUAUCAGAUGAUGGCUAUGGCCAACACCUCCAUGUCUAUCAAGCAAGGGCAUCAGGAAGACGCAGAGGAAUUCCUGGGUUGUCUGUUGAAUGGGCUACACGAGGAGAUGCUGGCUCUCAUGAAGUACUAUGCCCCAGCAAAAUAUGGAGAUGCCAGUGGUUCACAGAUUGCCAAGGCCAAUGGCGUGCCCGUCGCCAACCACAGCGAGACAGGGGCCGAAGAGAAAAACGAGGAUGAUGAUGCUGAAGAUGAAUGGGAGCAGGUGGGGCCACGAAAUAAAAGCAGCAUUACUCGCGUGGCUUAUUUCAAUCGCUCACCACUGUACGACAUCUUUGGAGGUCAGAUGAGGUCAGCCCUCCACCAGCAAGGCUCCAAGGAGUCUGCCACUCUCCAGCCAUUCUUCACGUUGCAGCUGGAUAUUCAGUCUGAUAAGAUCUGGUCAGUCAGUGAUGCCAUUGAGAAUCUGGCCAGCAGGGAGGCUCUUCAUGGAUUUACAUGCAACAAGACUAAACAGGAGGUUGAAGCAUCCCGUCGUAUCACUCUCGAGGAACUGCCUCCUGUCUUGACACUUCACCUGAAGCGAUUCGUCUAUGACAAGUCGGGUGGAUGCCAGAAAGUCAUGAAGAAAUUGGAGUAUGGAGUGGAACUGGAGAUCAACAGAGAGUUGCUGUCUCCAAACAUCAGGUCCAAGGUUGUGUUUGCCCAACGAACAUACAAGUUAUUCGCUGUGGUGUACCACACAGGUAAGGAGGCCUCUGGUGGACAUUACAUCACCGAUGUCUUCCACGCCGCCAGUAACAGUUGGUUGCGUCUUGAUGACAGCGUGGUGAAGCCAUUGCGGACUCACCAGGUCACCAAACCGCUAGCUGCCUACACACCCUACCUCUUGUUCUACAGACGACGCGAUCUGAUCUAAUGGAACACUUAGGUAAUAAUGGUACAUGCACAUACUAAAGAGGGCAGUGUUCGGCCAAGUAGUGAAAGGUCACUGCAUUUCACGGGUACCGGUGCACUGUGAAAACCAGUUCAUGCAUGCCCGUGAAGGGUUUGGUUAUCAAAAGAGCAUUUUAACUGCUUCCUGGAACCUCCAGUGUGUAUAUUUUCAGGAGUUAAAAAGGAAUGGGAACCGGUUGAGAUAUGACUGUGCACCAGGGAACCAUUUUUUGUUUUGUUGAUAGUGUUUCACAUUUUGCAAGUAAUAGGGCUCUUGCACAGAGUCCAUUAGUGUCGAAAAUGGAUUUUUGUGUGAAGUUUCACAGAUUCUGAGUUUUUCUGGAAUGGAAUUUAAAAUGCCUUUUUUAAAGGUGUAUAAUUUUGUCUCAGAGCAGUUGAUUUCUUUUAUUUAAAUUUAAUAUAUCUGUUGAUACAAAAUGACAAACCGUGACUGGACAAAAGACCAGUGUGGCUUAAAAUAUUCUUUUCCCCUUAACUUCCAGUGGGAUGUUUGUUUAUGGAGGAACUGGUCAACUUGAAUAUUUGAUUGACCAUACAUCUGAGACUACUCAAUAGCAAAUUCACAAUGACAAUUUGUGAUGCCAUGUCAAAAUACCUGUGUCGUGUAUAUAAAGCACAAGAUGAGGGGGUUGGGAUUUGUAUCAUGAGUUGGGAUUUGAUAAAGAGACACUGGCUUUGCGUAAAAAGGAAAUCCUUUUGAUCUGCCAGGGUAUGCCACUAAUAGUUGUACAGUAUGGAAUUAUUUGUAAAGUUUAAAAAUUAAGGAAAUGAUGAAAAUAAAUAUCGGCUAGCAUUUUAAGUGCCUCUUGAUCACAAUAAUUAAAUUGCAAUUUUGGUAAGAUUUUGCUUGGAUGGGAACAGUGUUCUAAGGUUAUUGAGUGUUUGCAUUCCAUCUUACAGAAGUUCAGCUCUAAAUCUUGUCCUUUUUUUCUGGCUUUUCUUUGAAUAUAUCUUGAAUUUUUGUCUGUGGACUUAGAAACAUUGGACAUUGACCUUAUUGGAUUGUGUGGACCUCGUCGUGGUCUUCCUGUGUAUAUAGUACUUCUGAAGAAAGAAGCAUUAACCCUAACCUUCCUCAAUCCUCCAAAAUCCUUCGGGCGGUUUUGGAGGAUUGAGGGUGGAUGGCAAAAGUGCAUGGCUUAUUGCGAAGGAUGCCAUGUAUGAAGGUCGUAGGUUUGACGUUGGUUGUUUUUGCUUAGUCGUGCAUAAAUUCAGCCCGAUAUUUCUUUUGAAUCAACCACACUGCUCAAGAAUGCCAUU